UUAUAAAGUGUUUUAUGGAGAGGAUAGAAAAGUGGAACACUGUAUUUGCCCGGGUACACAGAAGGCUAGCCCUAUUCUUUUUCGAAGGGUCGCCCAACGUAAACGUGGAACAAAUAUUAUGAUUCAACAAAAGACUUAUCUCUUGGUCACGCUACCGUUUAUUUACAAUGAGCGAAUCAACGAUCUCUAAAUUUUUUCGUGUUUUACCGGUCGCAAAGGAAACGAACUUCACCUCUAACUCUGUUACAACGAGUUUGUGACCUCGGAGAAUUGCCACGAACAGAGAGAACUAUUUCGAUUUUGACACCAUCCUCGAUCUUCCGUGCGUUCUCUCGCUUUCGCUUAAAAUUUCAGGUGGUCUUCUGCUGUAAACUAUAAAGAUGCACAGCAAACCAGGACAGAAAGAACCUAGCAUCUCGAUUAAGUUCGUAAGCGCCGGAUUAGCUGCUUCAGUGGCUGAAGCCGUCACAAUACCGAUCGACACAGCGAAAGUUCGACUUCAGAUCCAGGGUGAAAAUGCUGUCUUGGCAAAUGUUCAAAAUGGCGUAGCAACAGCAAAUUCUAAUGUCCAAUAUCGAGGAAUGAUAGGGUCCAUGAUAACUGUGGCAAAAACUGAUGGUUUUCGCUCGCUGUACAAAGGGCUUGUGCCUGGAAUUCACCGCCAACUUUGUUUUGCUAGCAUUAGAAUAGGACUCUAUGACACAGUCAAAAACUUCUAUGGAGAUGAUGAUGUCAACAAUCCUAAAGUCAUAAAGAAGAUCCUAGCCAGUUGCACAACAGGAGUGUUAGCUGUAUCUGUUGCUCAACCAACAGAAGUUGCUAAAGUAAGGUUUCAGGCCGAUGGUUCAAGAUUUGGGUCUAGCAAGGCCUUAGAUGCUUAUAUAUCAAUAUUCAAAAAUGAAGGACUCCGAGGACUAUGGAAAGGUGCCUUUGCAAAUAUGGCACGCCUUUCCACUGUGAAUGCUUCAGAACUGGUUGUGUAUGACAUGGUAAAAGGAUUCUUUCUGAGAAAGAAACUCAUGGAUGAUGAAUUCCCUCUGCAUUUUGUUUCUGCCUUUGGUGCUGGCUUUGCUACCACAGUGAUAGCAUCUCCUGUAGAUGUGGUGAAGACACGUUACAUGAAUUCCCCACAAAAUACUUACAAGAGUGCCAUCCACUGCGCCUAUAUGCUGCUGAAACACAAUGGGCCUCUAGCUUAUUAUAAAGGGUUCACACCAAACUUCACAAGGCUUGGAUUAUGGAAUAUUGUUAUGUUUAUGUGCUAUGAACAGUUGAAGAGGCUGUUUAGUUCUUUCUCUUCAGAACACUGAUGAUGGCUUUUUUCUAUUUAAACUGGAUACAUAUUUAUUAUGUAUUUCUAUGUUUUUCAUUUGGUGUCAUAAACACAUUUUGACCAUUUUGCACUUGCUUAAUGAAUCUUCAGGAUUCCGAUUUUGAGCAUAAUAGGAAAGGGGAUUGGGUGUGCUAUAUAGCAAUAAUUGAUUGAAAUUGAAUCAUUUAAAUUGAGCAAUGAUUUUGACUCUAAUAGAGUUUGAUGCCGACUUUAAUUUGCAACUAGUGCAAAGAUGGGGAUGCAGCAGAUCAAUUACAUGUACUUGCACCAAGGGAUGUAAUAUCGAUUUCUUGCUCAUUUGCAAAGGAGCAAAAUGAAACACAUGGACACAGACGUGAACAUGUUGAGUUAAUGACAAGUUGCAAUGAAUGGGUUGGUUUCAAUCCAGAAAGUGUUGCAAAGGCACAUUAUGUUAAGGUAUUUUAAAUACAUUUUAAGAGAAGGCUUCCAAGUCACAAAAUUCUUCAAAAGUUUAAGUAAGAAAUUUGCAGAAUAUUUUCUGUAACGUCAAUUUCAAUGAAUUUGCAAAUCAGAGACAAAAAAUUAUGACUUAAACUCCCAACAAACAUCUUGUUCAUUGAUUUCCAUUAUUGGUUGUAUAAAAAGUUGAUCUGCAUCCUCAACCAAUCAAUUUGAUUCAAACAAUGAUAUUAGCAAAUGUAGUAAAAUGGGUGGCAUGUGUUUAAAUACUGAAACUUGAUCAGUACAUUCAAGUAAUGUACUGUUAGUAUGUUAUAGGUGUACUUCUAUUUAGUCACCAAGUUUGCUUUUCAAUCCCUUUAUUAUGAUUUACGGCUUUUAGAUUAGGAAGCAAUAGCAUAGGUAAUUAAAAAGGUCAAUAACAGUCAGUUGGCUUCCAACUAUGAACUACAACCUUCACUUUGAAAUUA